AUGUCAGUAAAUCCAGCUAACCCUCCACGACCUGCUCUCGUUGCAACAGAUGAAGAUGGUUUUGCAUAUAUUACAACCGCAUACCGAUGGCCAGUAAUCGUGACAAAAAUUAUCGACGAUAUUUACAAGACUCGUCAUUCACUUGAUCUUUCAGAAGUUGUUAAACUUAGAGAAGGCAAAGAAAUUAUUGACUCUUUAGGAGAAUUAAAAUAUCAAAUGCAAAGAAAAAGGCCACUGACUCCAAUCGAAGACGACGGUGAACCGGAUAUUGACACAUGGACAUAUGUGUUCAACACUUAUUUCAAAGAUGAUAAUUGGUAUUCAGCAGCUUGGUUAUUCAUGGAAUGUUACUUAUAUCGUCGAGUUCGUUCUAUACUUGCAAGAACCAAACAGUGGAACGAUUACGAUCCCUUUUUACGUCAAAAAGAAGAUACUUUUAGAGCUUCUAUUGCAGCAAUUGUCGAAAUCGCGAAACGUAUUGAUGAAUUAGUUGAUAUUCCAAAGUCGGGUGCGCAUGAUGGAAUAAUCGACGCUGGUAGAAUUAUUUUCCACGAACUUGUCCAAAUAUCACUUUGGGGCAAUGCUACAGAUUUAUCUUUGCUAAAUAAUCUUAGCAAUGAUGACAUUAAAAAAUUACAGAAUGUUGGAGCUAAGCGGUUAGAAGAAUUAGAGAAAAAUAUUUUGGUUAAUGAUUUAGAAAAGGCAUGGAAUUAUAUAUCAAAAUGUCAUACAACACCAAAAGAUUUUAAUUGGAUUCUUCAGACACUUCAGAGUGAAGAUUUCUUUUCAUCAACCUCUGAAAUGGAAAAAUCUUUUCUCAAAAAACUUGCAACUCGCUUGCAGUCUUACGUUUCCAAUUCGCAAUUAAUCCUUACUUCUGAUUAUUUUUGGACAUCACCAUACGCUUAUUGGCACUUGGCAGAGAAAGCACCAGAUUUAUAUGUUGAUUUAUGUACUUCUAAUCUUUUAAUAUUUAAAGGAGACCUUAAUUAUAGGAAAUUAGUAUAUGACUGUAAAUGGAAAAUUAAUACGCAGUUUGAAGAAGCCAUUGGACCACUUGCAGGCAUGAAAGGUUCUCCACCUGUACUUGCUUUGCGAACAUGUAAGGCUGAUGUAGAUACUA